AUGUCGGUUCCCGUAACUUCACAAGUCCCGACGGCUCCCGUUACGAGCGCCAUAGCUUCAACAAGUAUCGUGCCUACAACCACUUCACGCUCAUCCACUCGCCGACAUAGAACAACGACAAUCACAUCGGCCUCGUCUGUAUUCCCGACGGUUGUGCCCUAUGACCCUGCCGAGGAACGGCAAGCCGACUCGCAUAGAACAAAGAUCCUCAUUGGUAUAUUUACAGGCUUUGGAGUUAUCCUCCUUGGCCUCGUUGCAUUUCAGCUCUUUAGAUGCUACAAGCGCAGGUACAAGAACAAAGACACGCCCUUGCCUCCUCCGCGGGAGACAGGUCGACCCCCUAGUAUGAUGAUGCGCCAUGGCUCUGGAUCAAAUCUCAUUUCACCAAGUUUGCGCAGCAACACGCCAUCGACCGAUAUCAAAGUCGACGAGGUUGGACGGCGCAGCAGCGAUCCUUCUCGUGCCCCUGGGCGAGAGGACUCACCUGACAACAGUUUGACAGGAUCGGCCCUUGUUCCCAACGACGAUGAACUUGGGAGGCGCCGGUCCCCUCUCGGCUCUCGUUCGCAAUCUCCGUCGAAUUUGUCAGUUCCACGCCCUCCUUCGCAAGCACAAGUCCGCCUCGACUCUCAGGCCAGGAUAGCUCGUCCCAACUCGGUUAUGCUCAACCAGCGUACCUCGCACCUCGGCGCGCCGAACCCGGGAAAUCGCAAUUCGACCUAUGACCCCAGUAGACGUUCAUCCUACUAUGCGUCCGGGAACCGUGCCCCUGGCCCCGAAUUGUUUAAUUAUGCGUUAAGCGGGCGUCACGACAUGGGUUUGGACUUUGCUCAAGGUUCGUCUUGGGGGAGUCGUGGAAAUCUGGCAUCGGGGAGCGAACAAGAUCAUAACCAAACGUUGGCACCUCCCCGAGUUGCUCGGCCGGAUUCAUGGGUUGGCAACUCGCAUUCAUCCACGCCGAGUUUGACCGAUAGCCCUGUCAAAUCUGAUGCACCCUUGCCUCCGCCCAAGGAGAGCAGUCUUUCACGUGGCCGCGAUCGCGCCUCUCGAACCGAAGUCUCGCAUUCUUAA